GUCACUCUGAUACACACACACACAGAGGGAGGUAGAUAACUCUGUGAUUCCACUGCUGAAUUUUUAACGCUGUUGUGGAACUUUUUUUUUUUCCAGGCGGGUUACUGUGGCACCGGGGUACUGUUACACAGACAGAGACAGAGAGAGAGAGACACAGAGACAGGGUACAGUUCUGUUCUGUUGUUUACUGAGGCUGGACGGAAACAAGACUGUUCAUGGGGUGUGCGGCCCGUCCUGUCCUGAUGCCGUUUUCAUAACAACAUGACCCUCAACACGCAGAGAGAAAAGGAACCCCUGCGGCGGCGAGGAAGCACGCCGAUUCCUCCCGCCCACUUCUACCAGCACCCAUCCUGGACUCGAGACCCUGGACUCCCCAGCAGCACCAAGCGCAAUCCCGAGCAGCCCCAGCGCAGCCACCCACCUCUGGGACAGUCAGCGUCCUACCACCCUGGAGACAAGUCACUCCACUACCGCGCCCAGUGGAGUUCAGACUCGGAGGACGACUCGCAGAGCGACUCGGACUGUAUUUACAGGGUGGUCUUGCUAGGUGACCACGGUGUCGGAAAGACCAGCCUCGCUGGGAUAUUUGCCGGUAUCACAGAGAAAGAUGAACAACCUGGAGAGGACACAUAUGAGCGAACAUUGACAGUAGAUGGAGAGGAAACCACGCUCAUCGUCAUGGAUACCUGGGAGAACGACAAACUGGAGGGGGAGGACAGCUCCUCUCAGGAUGACUGUCUGAAGGUUGGGAGUGCUUACGUCAUCGUUUACUCUGUCACCGACCGCUCCAGCUUCGACUCUGCCUCGGAGCUCCGGAUCACGCUGCGACGUGCCCGCCAGGCUGAAAAUCUUCCCAUCAUCCUAGUGGGCAACAAGAGUGACCUUGUCCGGUCCAGAGAAGUUGCUGUCGAAGAGGGCCGAGCAUGUGCGGUGGUGUUUGACUGUAAGUUCAUCGAGACGUCGGCGUCUUUGCAGCACAAUGUCACCGAGCUGUUUGAGGGUGUGGUCCGACAAAUCCGCCUCCGUCGGGACGGCAGCGAGGCCAUGGAGCGCCGACGCUCCAUCUACAAACGCAAAGAGAGCAUUACCCAGAAGGCUCGGCGCUUCCUGGACCGACUGGUAGCACGCAACAACCAGCGCAUGGCGGUCAAAGUGCGGUCCAAGAGCUGCCACGACCUCGCCGUCCUCUGAAGACACUUGUCCUCCACGACCGUCAGGUUGGACUUUAUUUGACUUGUUGAAGUGCUCUCUGGUUGCAAUAUCGUGGACGAUGUUGUCCGCGGUGAUUGACAACAAAAACGAUUAGCAGUGAACGGAGUCAGUGGACAGUUACGUGCGUCGCUGUGAUCACUGUGACCAACUAAUUUUCCUCUGUGACCAUUUGGUCUCAUUUUUUUUGUGACUUUCCUCCAGAUUACCUAAAUAUAAAACAACAGACUGACUGUAAAAGGAUCAUCACUGUAGGAGUUAAAGGUCGGAUGAGUGUGUGUGUGUGUGUGUGUGUGUGUGUGUGUGUGUCCGGUGUGAAUAGGUGUUCAGGAUGUAUUUUCCACUGUGUCCACUGUGCUGUUCUCCUGAGGUUUCUACUGUUGUCAGUUCAACACUGUGCAGAAUAAAGUCUCU